AAUUCAACAAACUGUUAGAAACUCCUUUACAAAAUCGUGUUUCUCUGUGUAAAACUUUCAACUACCACCGCCCAGCUGUAUACAACUGAAAUUUCAGGAAUUAGGGACAAAAAGAAGAAAAUUGGGACCCACUUUCUUAAAACCCUAAUACCCAUAUACGUAUCUGAUUCUAGACCAUGAAUGCUUCGCUGCACUCGUUCCCAAGUGGCCACGGAUACGCAGCGUAUAUACAAACCCUACGGUUAUUCACAUAACCCAUGAGAGUAGAAGGGUUCAGGGCAAUGUUAUAUAACUAGGGGCCAAUGUGGUUGUUUAACAUUGCAUUUUGAACCCACUUCGGAAAUGGGUAUCUGGUCAACAACAUUCUUAGUUGUUGUAUCUCUGGUGUUGUCAGUGGAAGGAUGGAGGCCAUGGCCAGAAAAUUUCAAUCAGACGGCGAAGGAGCAGUCUGGGCUUAUGUUUGGAAGCUCCAAGAAGAAUGAAGGUUCAUCGCCCUAUGUGAAAAUGAGAUACCACAUGGGUCCUGUUCUAACUUCUGCUAUCAAUGUCCACGUGAUCUGGUAUGGCAGAUGGAGCAACAAGGAAAAGAGGAUUAUCAGGGAGUUUCUUCUCUCCAUCUCCAACACUAGUGGUAGCAGCCCUUCUGUGGGGGAGUGGUGGCGGACUGUGCAGCUCUACACUGACCAGACUGGUGCCAAUGUGAGCAGAAAUAUUGUUAUAGCCAGUGAACACCAGGACCGGUAUUCCCAUGGGAAGAUCCUCAGUAGAUUGACUGUUCAGGAGGUUAUCAAGAAUGCCAUUAAUGCCAAGCCCAAUCCCCUUCCUGUAGACCCUAAAAAUGGGCUGUAUCUUCUACUGACUGCCAGUGAUGUGCAAGUGCAGGACUUCUGUAGGGCGGUGUGUGGGUUCCAUUACUUCACUUUCCCCUCCAUUGUGGGCUACACGCUGCCCUAUGCCUGGGUUGGGAACUCUGGAAAGCAGUGUGCUGAUCUGUGUGCAUAUCCUUUUGCAGUACCCUCUUACAUGACUGGAAUGAAGGCCUUCACCCCUCCCAAUGGCGAUGUGGGCAUUGAUGGAAUGAUCAGUGUGAUUGCUCAUGAGUUGGCGGAGCUCUCCUCCAAUCCCCUCAUAAAUGCCUGGUAUGCUGGUGAGGAUCCCACUUCCCCUACUGAGAUAGCAGAUCUGUGCGAGGGUGUUUAUGGUACAGGCGGUGGUGGCUCCUUCACUGGCCAAGUUCUUACUGACAGAGUUGGAGCCAACUACAAUACCCAUGGCAUUCGUAGGAAGUUUCUGGUGCAAUGGGUUUGGAACAAUGCCAUCAGUGCGUGCGCAGGACCAAAUGCAUUAGAUUAAUGAACAUGGUCUUUGAGGUUGGAGCUUUUUGCUCAUUCAUGGGCUUUGGAGGUUGUAGGGUUUUUGGCUCAUUCUUGGGUAGCCAGCAAUAAUGGAUAAAUUAGGAUUGUUUUCCCCGCUUCCCCUCAGCUACAUCAAUACCUGUGUCUUGAUUGUGUUGAUUUAAAAGUCAGGAUCUUUCUGUGGGUUUGCUUUAUUCCAGCAUUUAGAUCAGGUUCUCAUCCUAAGCAGGUUUGUUCUGCUGAAAGUGAUAUUUAGAUCUCUAUCUACAAUGCCAGUUUAGUAAUUUUUACUCUUGUAGGAUUUAAGUGAAGUACAUGAGGGUGCUGUAGAAACCCAUGUAUGAGCUAUUGCCUUGUAUAUCUUCUUAUGAUCGCAAAGAUUACCAUUUUUAUCA